AAUGGCGAAAGAAUCUUUAUAGGAGCACCGGGCAGUUGGUACUGGCAAGGUCAGAUAUAUUCAAUCGCCACCGCCAUGACAAUGAAGUUUGUAGCGACGAUGUUAGUCACCGAAGCCGAAGCAUCAGGACAAGCGUUUUCGCAGCCUUUGAACAGUCGAUCGAGAAUAAUGUUCACUAAAGAGGGUCCCGCGAAAGAGGAUGACAGUUACAUGGGUUAUUCCGUCGCGACAGGGGAUUUCAUUGGGAAUGGCGAUAGCGGUACAGCGGUCGGAGUUCCGCGUGGUUCCGAUCUCCUGGGCAAGGUGAUACUUUUCACAUCAAACAUGACGAAUCCUCGGAAUCUCACUGGCGAACAAAUGGGCGCUUAUUUCGGUUACGCCGUGGCAUCCGGCGAUAUAGACGGAGAUGGGUUGGACGACCUGAUAGUCGGUGCACCCAUGUACACAGUUCCGGAUAAUCCGGAAAUGACCAUCGAGACCGGAAGAAUCUACGUUAUCUACCAGGGCGACGGCGCGGAGAAGUUCCGCAGAUUCGAUAUAAGAGACGGCGAAAGCAACCGCGGACGUUUCGGCUUGUCACUGGCUUCUCUGGGGGACAUCGACCGUGACGGUUACGGUGACUUCGUCGUUGGCGCGCCCUAUGCUGGUCCCAAUGGCCGCGGUGCCGUUUACAUUUAUCACGGCUCACGGACCGGAGUAUUAGAGAAGUAUUCCCAGGUGAUCCAUGCGGAGGAUCUAGAUAAUCCGGUGCAGACCUUUGGAUUUUCGGUGGCCGGUGCGCUCGAUCUCGAUGGCAAUAUUUAUCCAGAUUUGGUGGUCGGUGCAUACGAGUCGGGAGCAGCAAUGUUCUUUAGGUCACGACCGGUGAUCAAGAUGGACUCCUACGUGUCCUUCGACUCUGAAUCCAAGUUGAUCUCUUUGGACAACAGAAAUUGCACGCUUUCUGAUGAUACUAGAGUCACAUGUCUUCCGCUUAGGGCUUGCUUUAAGUAUUCAGGAGAGGGUGUUCUUAUGAGGCACAAUUUCAACAUACAAUACGUACUCGAUGUGAAGAAAACGAAGAAUCCGAGGCUGUUCUUCCUGGAAUUGGAGGGCAGGAACACGAUGAAUCAUACGAUCACGGUCGAACGCGAUCGGCAGUUCUGUCGCACAGUUCAGGUCUACGUGACUCCCAAUAUCCGCGACAAGCUAACAUCGUUGGAUGCCGAAAUGCGUAUGAGUCUGGAAGAAGAACGGAUUGCAGACAAUCGCCGUCGUGAUCCAAGAAUGCCGCUGAGACCAGUCCUUGGCGCGACAAUACAACUCAGCGUGAGAUCUAAUGUCGGUAGAUACUUACUAGGCUCUGGCAAGAGGCUGGAACUCGAAGUUAUGGUGCAGAAUGCGGGCGAGGACGCCUUCGAGGCAACGUACAAUUUGCAGCUACCGGCCGGCAUCGAUUAUAUCAAGAUAGAACGUAUCGAGACCCUAGAGAUUCCCGUUCACUGUUCUGCGCCCAAGCAAUCAAAUAACAAUACUCUUCGCUGUGAUAUCGGAAAUCCACUGCCGCAGAAUAAACUGGUGAAAUUCAAGGUGCUACUUCAGCCUGUGACGUCACACGGGAUGAAACCCAUCUAUGAGUUCGAUAUGCAAGUCAACACUACGAAUCCCAAAAACCACAUCACCGCCCAUGACAACAGUCAGUAUUUAUCUCUGCCGAUCUGGAUAGAGACGGACUUGCGUGUCGACGGCGAAAGCAAACCUAAGGAUCUCUAUUACAAUCCCGAUAAUUACACUGCCGUGAAUAUCACGACGGAGCUCGAAUUUGGGCCAGCGGUGACACAUAAUUAUACGAUUCGCAAUCAAGGCCCAUCAGAUAUCAUCGAGGCCGAAGCAUUCCUUGUGUGGCCCGCGCAGACUUUAUCUGGGAAAGAACUAAUGUACUUGUUGGAACAACCAGUGACUGCGGGACCGAUCGCUUGCGAACCUGCUAAUGCAAAUUAUCUCAGUUUAAAGCUGGAUCAACGCAAAAAAGUGCAUUUAAAUUAUCCUGACUAUUCCGGCGUGAUCCUGGACGAAUCGCAAUCAGGCAGAACGAUCAACGUCCAAAGAGGCUUCGAGGUAGACCGCAACAAAGCGAACCAGAAAGAAGAAACCGAGAUCAAUAGCGGCGAUAGUUCGAAUAUCCAAAAAUCGCGACAUUCUUCCUCUUCAUCUUCUUCCUCUUCUUCGUCGAACGUAGUCACCGAGACUAGGAGGAUCCAACUGAACCCAACGGGAGAGAAACCCGACGUUCUCACUACGACAUAUACACAGAAUUCUUCCGGAACUAGCGCGAUUGGUACCGGUGAUUUGUCUAGCGAUCGUGGAGUUGUUUUCCACACAGAAUCCGGUGGAAGUUCCACAACUUUGGGCGGGGGAUUCCGAGAAUCUGAAAAGGAAUCUUUCAGUUCUCGGAGAUUACCCGAUCUUGAAGAGCCUUACGAGACUCGCAUGAAUCAUUCCGUUAGAGUAGAAAGUCGUUGGGAUGAAAAUGAUAACAUACAAAGCGGACGUACGAUCUCACCUUCGGGAAGAUUUGAUUCGGUUUUAACUGAGAGUGAGAGGCGAUAUCAGGAGCUACUAAAACAGCAGGAGGAAAUUCGCUUGCGUCAGGAAGAGGAAACUCGUCAGAGGAAACUGCAGGAGGAAACACGCCUGGUGCAACGUCAGCGGGAAGAGCAGGAACGUAUCAUUGCUUUGCAACGUCGUCGAGAAGAGGAGGAGCGGCAUCGGCAGGAGGAAGAACGUCGAGAAGAAGAGGAACGACGUCGAUACGAAGACGAACGGCGAGAAGAAGAAGAACGACAAAGACAGGAAGAAGGACGACGUCUGCAGGNAGAGCGGGAACAUAGGUACAACUAUAACGAGGAAAGGCACUAUGGUGUAUUUGCGGGUGAUCACCAUCAAACUACGGAAGAUUUCAUCACCGGCGAUCGUGAAGAGACGGUUGGAGAACGAGAAUUUGGUUUUCGUUUGCAGAAUGCGAGUUCCACGCAAGAAUUGGAACGGCUCUUCGGCACAUUGACAAAAGACGCGGCUGGUUAUCAGAUAUAUAACAGGCAGGGACAACAGUACGUACAGUUUAAGGCGAGGUUCAGAACGUCUGCCGAUAGGAAAGAAUAUAUAGAAUUUGAAGACGAGCGAACAGGCAAUACCAAAGUCUACGGAAAAGAUGAUCGAUUUCAUCGUGAUCGAUUUAACGAUGAGUUCUCUACCGAGAGAUCGGACUCCGACCUUCUAGGUCCGAGGCACAGACGCGAAAGUGACAUGAUCGACGUUCAAGAGUUCAAGAAAUUCGAGCGACUGCACAGGUAUCGGCGAGAUCUCGAGACGGACGACUUCUUAUCCAAUGAAGCUGCGUUUCAGAAUGAAGAUUAUUAUGAGAACGAUCCUGAAUCGCAGGAUCAACCAGUACGACCCUGUGACGCAGCAAAAUGCGUGAUGCUGCGAUGUGUGCUGGGUCCAUUAAAGAAAGAUCAAGAGGUCUGGAUCGGCGCGAGGUAUCGCGUGGACGCUAGAACUUUGAAAGAGGUAGCCUUUACGGAGAAGGUGAAAGUGUCGACUAAGCUGGUGGCGCGUGUUACGAAGCAACCGUUCAUCGGUACGCCAGCCGAACAAGUCAUCAGAAGUGACGAAGUUAUCACGAACAUUGAACCUAGCGCACCACCUUCCGCUCCGGACAUCAUUCCAGUGUGGGUGGUAGUUCUGUCGGCCUGCGCAGGAAUGAUAAUCCUCUUGCUGCUCAUCUACUUGCUUCAUAAGUGCGGAUUCUUUAAGAGGAAUAGGCCUUCCGACGCUCCAGAAAGGCAACCGCUAAAUCGAAACGGUCAUUUCCAGCAAGGCGAGGAUCACUGAACAGCCUCCUUUUUCAAUUUCGUUCUAUCGAAGUUUUUGACCUUCUGGCUAUAUCGGAUUGAAUCGCAGACGAGAACCUGGCUACGCGAUCGAAGAGUGCCUUGGUCUUUUGAUAAUCAAAAGAACGCACAUUGCGUGGAUUCGCUUGGCGUAGUCUGCGGACGUGGUCCCGACUUCUACCGAAUAUCUUAAUAGCGUUUAACAGUGCCUUAAUUCACUGUCCAAGAUGAACAUCUGCUGAGGCGCAUGGAUUCUAAGUGACAAUCGAUUCGUCAUUCUUAUACUGCCACUGAAUACUCCUUCCAGCUCCUGCAGCUCGACCACGCAAGUUUCUAGUCAGGAGACGAUUUUCUGUUUUUAUUACCUGUAAUUACUUAAGCCGCCCGUACAGUCGGCAGAUACGAACGAAUAUUUCGACAUUCUUCGGUAAAUCGUAUCUUCAUGUAUAUAAGUAUAUAUAUGUUAUUUUUUUUAACGUUAUCCGGUAAAGCGUCUUGAUAUGUGCCCCGUCGCUUCCGCUGCCUUUUUACGGUAAAAUAGAAUUAUUUUUUUAUCCGCGUCCAAUUGGCACGAUCUCUAAAACGAUCUUGUAUCUUGUCAAUAACCAUCUCCAGCGGAACUCAUUCGAAAACAUUAUGGGUUCUUUCGUAAAGCUCCUUUUACACAAGACGGUGAUCAAAUGUUGCAUAUCGUGAACAUUAAAUUUACACGUCGUGAAAGAUGGCUUAUUGUUAAUUCUUCAGACGUCUUUUAAAUGUUUCCUCCAAGUUUUUGUAUUGUUUGUGAAUAAUGUAUUGUUAUCAGCAUUUCAAACAUUACUCACGACCGGUUUAAAAGGGAUCUAUAAAUCUCUUGAAAACAGCCUCGAAGACGCACGGGGCUCUUUUUAAUUAUUUAUUAAAUUUCUAUGUUAUAUAUAUAUAUAAUACUAUAAUUCGUAGGCUUGAGCGCCGUAAUAAUAGCGUGACUUACUAUGGUCGCACGCGCAAGACGCGAAUGUGUGUACAAUUUGUAAAUUAUUAAUUUACAUUACUAAAAUUUUAUAUCCACGAGAAGUGGUUUAACGCAAUAAUAUUCGAUUAGAAAGGAGACUUUUUAGUAUAAAUAGGAGAUUAGUGCUGACUUGUACAUACAACGUUAAGACAUAAUACGAAAAAAAAUAUAUGUAAUGAAAUUAACACACCAUUAUGCAUAUAUUGCUAAUUUUUUUUCUAAUAAAACUGUUAGGAGAAUAGCUUUGAUUAAUAUAAGUAAAGAAAGGAAAAUUAAAUCAGAUGUGAAUUUGUACAACUAUUUAUUGAAAAAUUACAAUGAUGUAACAGAGCGAUUGGUAAAAGAAACGUUUAAUUACCAUCUC